UUAGCUGCAACCUUAAAUACAAUAGGUGUAAGACUCAAUCAAGAUGGCUAAGUUGUCACAUUAUUUUUACAUUUUUUUUGACGAAUAUUCCAAUAAACUUAAUGAAGGUGCUUAGAAGAGUUGCUCCUAAAAGCUUUUUACGCCGCUAUUCUCUUGAGACAGGCGCAUUAACCACAGCUGGAAUUCUUAUUUGUGUGACGCUAAUAUGUGGAAUAGCGCUGAUCAUUCAGGUCCUAUUGAUGAAGAGAUGUACAGCCUGCGGAGGCUACGUGUGGAGGAACGCCUACAGCUUCAGUGUUUCCGGAGUGAUAUACUGCGUUAUUAUGCUAGCUAUGCAUGGAUGGCUGAUCUGGGGAAUACGGCAGAAAAAACCCACUGUCCUCAUAUCCUGGGUGGUGAUAACGAGCAUCUGGCUGGCCCAGACUUUCUUCCUCAUGAUAAUACUGCUAUGUAUCUAUAGCGAAAAGGUCAAUAUUGUUUCGUGCGUCCUUUCUUUCACUUUUGGAAAUAUCGCGAUAUGUAUACUACUUUACUUGGUUUUGGUCGUACUUGGACUAUGGUUCGAACUGAAGGAUGCUCAAAAAGAUCAAAAUAUAGCAAUUCAUAUCAAACUUUAAUUUACAAUUAAUUUACAAA